AUGAGGAAUAUUUUUCUGUGGCUGAGCAUGAGAGGCAGCAUCCUGUAUACACAACCCAGAGAGGCUGUGCAGUACGUGCUCUAUAUACGGCUGGCCAUCCUGCUAGUGGAGCUGGUGUAUGCGGUGGUGGGCAUCGCCUGGUUGGUGCAGUAUUACCAUCCCUGCUCCGACAUCACUGCCAAGAACCUCGCCCUGGGAAUUGUGGCGUGUAAUUGGUUGGUCAUCUUCAGUGUGUGUUUCACCAUGAUGUGUACCUUUGACCCCACUGGACGGACCUUUGUGAAGCUGAAAGCAACUCGCCGCCGUCAACGUAACCUCACAACGUACACUCUCAGACACAGGCUAGAAGAAGGUCAAGCCAGCAGCUGGAGCAGGAGACUCAAGUUCUUCAUGUGCUGCACUCGAACAAAAGAUACACAAUCUGACGCUUACUCUGAGGUGGCCAGCUUGUUCGCCGAGUUUUUCCGGGAUCUGGAUAUUGUGCCGAGUGACAUCAUCGCUGGCUUGGUGCUGCUCCGACAAAGACAACGAGCCAAGAGGUCAGCCAUCUUGGAUCAGGCAAACAAUGAUGUUUUAGCCUUUCUGUCCGGGAUACCUGUAACUCGCAACACUAAGUACUUGGACCUCAAGAACUCGUCUGAGAUGUCCAUGUAUAAGGAGGUGUGUUACUACAUGCUGUUUGCCAUGGCAGCGUAUGGCUGGCCUGUAUAUCUUUUAAGAAAACCAGCGUGUGGACUCUGCAGACUUGUCGGCACUUGCUCCUGUAACACUUCAGUUUCAGGUUCUCGUCUCUCUCAGUCCAUCACCGUUGAGGAGGACAACUGCUGUGGCUGUAACGUUCUUGCCAUCCGACGACAAUUUCUGGACCGAGACCUUAAAGAAGUCCAAAUUGUCUACACAUCCUGCCAUGAUGCGGUUUAUGAGACGCCCUUCUUUGUAGCAGUGGAUCAUGCAAAGAAAAAAGUUGUGAUCAGCAUCAGAGGGACGUUGUCCCCUAAGGACGCUUUAACGGAUCUUACUGGUGAUUCUGAGCGUUUGCCUGUAGAGGAGCAGCACGGCACAUGGCUCGGACACAAGGGAAUGGUUUAUUCAGCUGAAUACAUAAAGAAGAAACUAGAGCAAGAAAUGAUUCUCUCUCAAGCCUUUGGGAGAGAUUUGGGUAAAGGAACGAUGCACUAUGAGCUGGUGAUUGUGGGUCACUCUCUGGGUGCGGGUACAGCCGCCAUCCUGUCCUUCCUCCUCCGGCCCCAGUAUCCUUCACUGCACUGCUAUUCCUACUCCCCUCCCGGCGGCCUGCUCAGUGAGGAUGCAAUGGAGUACUCAAAAGAGUUCGUCACCUCAGUCGUGUUGGGAAAAGAUCUGGUCCCCAGGAUUGGCCUCUCUCAACUUGAGGGCUUCCGUCGCCACUUACUUGAAGUCCUACAGAAGAGUGAUAAACCAAAGUGGCGGAUUAUUGCUGGGGGUACGAAGUGCAUCCCUAAAUCAGAGCUACCCCUGGAUGACGAAGCUCCUGUAUCACAGGGCGUGACUCCCUCUAACUCUCGCCUGUGGCUGCAUCCCAGUGACCUGAGCAUCGCCCUGUCAGCCUCCACGCCGCUGUAUCCACCGGGACGGGUCAUUCAUGUGGUGCACAACCACCCGCCUGAGAUGUGUUGUGGUCAGGAAGAGCCCACUUACUCCGCUCUGUGGGGGGAUAACAAGGCCUUUGAUGAGGUUAUCAUUUCUCCAGCCAUGCUGAAUGAACACAUGCCCCAUGUGGUGAUGGAUGGCCUCAACAAGGUUUUGGAAAACUAUAAUAAAGGGAAGACAGCUUUAUUGUCUGCUGCUAAGAUAAUGGUUAGUCCUACAGAAGUGGACCUGAAUCCAGAAACAGUUUUCCUCGAUGCCUCUAGUUCACCGCAGCCCACGCCUGCCACACAUCACCGCAGAAACAGUAGUGUCCGUUCCUGUGCCCGCUCUGAGAUCUCGCUGGAUGGCUUCUCGGAGUGUCCGCCUCCUCCUGUGCCCGUGAUGCUCCCCGGAGCCCGUGAGCGAUUGGCCGUGGAGCUACGGGAGCGAAAAGCCCCCUUGGCCAUCAUGGAAAGUCUUUCUGAUGCCGAAUCCGUCUACAGCUUGGACUCCCGACGAUCAUCUGCCGCCCUGAGAGGCUCGCCCUGUCUGGGGAGUCUACCUUUCCCUUUGGAUGCCACCAUCCCUGAAGAGAACCCGUCGCUGAGCUCCCGCACGGAGCUGCUGGCUGCAGAUGGCUUGGACCAUGAAUUGGGGGAGGCCGGCCCAUUCUGCCCUACUCCUCCAGAACUGGAAGUACCUUCCAAUGACACCCGCAUCAGCAGGCACUUCUCUCCGCUCUCGCUUGGACAAACUAUCGUGAAUCAGCCGGCCAGCCCGGGCAAGAAGUUCCGGCGGUCUUCAGGAACACCUGUGGCUUGCCAGCCAUCAGCUGUUCCUAACAGUCAAGAAUCCUGCCCAGUAGCAUCCCGGACUGGUUCUAUGCCAGAAACGCCCAAGGAUAGAGUGUUUGAAGAGGAAGAGGUCGAGAGCGGCCGGUCCCAGACUCUUCCACCAGUUCCGCCGCUGUCCAACGGCACUCCCAGUCAGGCGGUCCUAGAGUUCGCCCAGUACCUGGACUCUCUGUUUAGGCUCGACGGCAGUAGCUCUCCACCUCUCGAGCUGUCCGAUGCAGAAUCCGAGUCUGGACGGGGAUCGUACAGUCAGGCUGAGGGACACCAUGCAGAUCAGCAUGGGAAAGACACGGACAAGGACAGGCAGCUACUGGCUAGAGCUACUUUAGAGCCCAACUUGGUCCCAAAGCCCCCUCGCACGUUUGCCGGCUCGGCUGACCCUUCCUCCGGCAUCUCGCUUUCUCCAUCCUUCCCGCUCUCGUCCUCUGGAGAACUCAACGAUUUCUCUCCUGCUGAUGGAGUGCUACCCGCCAACCAUACGUCUACGCUACGAACUUCCGCUGCUAGUCCCAACCCCAAGGAAACUGCGUUGUCGUCUAUGGUGUAGUUGCCCACUUUCCACAGCGCACUGCUCUCCUUUUCCAUCUAUUUAUUUUACCCUAUGGUCUCCUUUCCCAAAACUCUUCUUUGCUCCUUCUGAACCGAUUGUAGAAACGUGCAUGCGUAGCAACGCGGCCAGUCCAAGACUUCCAGACUUCUGGACCAUUAAGGAUUCAUCAAGAACAGAAGACCUCAUUUUGUACUAUUGUAAGACAUGCAUUGUGUCUUGUGCGUCACUAUUAUGAAAUGUCCUAAUCGCUGCCUGCAACACACAAGGGGCUGAGAGGCUCCUUCAAACACUAAAGACGUUGCUAGCAUAUUGAGAAGCUUGCACAAAUGACCCUACGUUCACAUUGAAUCUAAUGUUACGGUUAUGUUUACAUUGACACUACAGAACACCAAGCUAUCAAAAAGGUUGGCAGUUUCAUAUAAGGGAAAGGCUGGGAUAGGAAAAAGGGAAGACUAACUAUCUUAAUUGAGUUACGGGGAGGGGCGCACACAACAAGCAGUGGGGUACAUUUCCUCAGGACCUUGAAGAAUGAAGAAUGGGACAAAGACAUCUCAGGCGAAGGAUAAUAAAUUGUUCUUUUUUUUAAUUGUACUUUUUCAUUUUUUAAUCAAUGAUUGUGUGGAAUCCUGCUGAGUAUGUGUAAUUGGUGGCACUGACGGUUGGUGGACAUCUAUGAGUUCUCGAUGUGCAUGAGAAAAUGCUGUAUGCUCGUGUAAAACGUUUCAUUUUGCGAACUUUUGUCAUCUCUUAUUUACAUAAAUCCACUUGAAUUCACGCAUGCAGGUUUUGUAUCGUUUCUUUUUUCACCGAUUGCCAAAAAAGCCAACUUCAUACAAGUCAAACGUUUGAACUCUGUGAAAUUAAUAUAUAAUGAUUUACUGUUAUUGUUAUUUAUUUUUACAAACCACUGCCCGUGAAUGCAAAUGACAUCAGGAAGAGUUGUUGAAUGGUGAGAUGUGCACCAGUCACAAAAUGCGCCCUUUAAAUGGCUCGCCUGAAUCUGCGAUGUCUUUUACGCAGCACGAGACGCUUCCUUCGAGAAAAGUCUCUUUCGGUAUGGUGUGCAAUCAGUAGCAAAAUAAGCAUAGAGAGAUUUCUUCUCAUCUGCUUUUUUAAAAAUCAUUUCUACUGUUGUUGCUAUAAUACAAUGAAUAGUGGUUUAUCUCAAUGGCGAAAUAUUUUAAUAACUUCGACUUGCUUUUUUUAUAUCGUUUCAGGAUGAAGUGUUUGAGUUUUUGGGUGGAUGUGUGAAAAAGUACAGCGGUUUGUUACAACAGAGCUUCGUGGGUCACAAAUGCGUCAAGUAUUUUAUUUUGCAUGCUGUCGAUUGUUUUAUAUCACAAUUCCAAUGCUAUCAUGUUUUGAUUGCAUGUAAUAACUUGUUAAUAAUUGGUUAUAGGUUCU